AUGGCGGAUCUUGAGCAACAGACGCCGAUUGAGGGCACACCCGUCAAUGACAUUGAGAUGGAGGGCGCGGGCGACGCUGAAGCUGGCGCGGGAGAGACAACACUCUUGCCUGAGAUUGAACCGGAGACGCCCAAGCUGGUUCUCUUCGCUGAUCUCAUGAAGAGUCCGAUCGUCGAAGUCAUCGUGGGAUCCGGAGACGACCGAACUACAUACUCAGCGCACGAGGCAGUUCUCGUGAAGUCGCCAGAGUUCGUCAAACAAGUUGAGAAGUUUGCGCCAGGAGGGCCUCGCCAGAUCGUCUAUACAGAUUGCGACGUUGAUGCUAUGGGCUCAGUGGUUGAAUACCUCUACACCGGCGAAUACUUCCCCAAGAAAACAUCCAGCGCACGCGACGCACCUCUCGAGAAGGACCCGCGGCAGCCGUCUACUGAUAACGAAGGCUUGGGUCUUCUUGUCCACGCACGCAUCUACACCCUCGCGGAUCGUCUCCAACUCCCAGAAUUGAAGUCCCUCGCACACUCGAAGAUCCACCGCACGGCCUCGACUGCAAAGGGGGAGCUCGCAUACGCACGCUACGUAUACAAGGAAUCUAACCCCGAAGACGCGACUAUCCGCAAGCCGGUGGCUGCUUUCUGGGCUACACGCAGCUACAGCCUACGCCACGACGCCGAGCCAGAAUUCAAGGCCAUGUGUCUCGAGUUCCCACAAUUCUCGUACGAUGUGCUCCAGCUUGUCUUGGACCAACAAGAGAAGAAGCGUGGCGGUGAUGAUGGGCCGAGUCGAGGUGGGCCGAGCGUGGUUCCUGGAAGCACGAGGAAGAGGGCUAGAGUGAGUCAAGUAUAG